AUGCCGAACGAGGGGUACAUCCAGGUGCGGGUGAACCCUGGUGCACUCCUCAUGAUAGGAGUGCAUCUGGGUGCACUCUUCAUGGGCCUUUGGAUUCGAGAUUGCAAUGUGUCCGAAACGCCGCUUCGAUUCGAGGAAGGCGUUUCGUCGGAAACUCGCGUGCUUCGAGCCGAUUUCGUCGGAGUCGAGAGAGACCGAGCCCAGGAAUCCCGUGGUUCUUCGACCGGUCUCCAUAGACUUCGGGGUGAAGAACGAAGGCGACAGGUCCCUCUUCCAUCUUCCCCGUCGAAGACACGCUCGACGCGCACUUGGAUGAGGCAAGGGAGCGAACUCCACGACCCCGACGUCCACCGUGUUCACCGUGUCCGUGCGAGGAGAAGGGCAUCCAGGCAAACCAUUCGAGGCCGUUCGAUCUCGGAGCCGAGAAGUUCCUCGACCGAAGAAAAGAAAUCAUUCGCAAGGACGAUCGCAAAUCCCCAUUCCGUCGCCGAAGUCGCCGAGAUGAACUGGAAAAAACUUGGAAAAACUUGCAGAGAGGAAAAGGUGAGACUUUGCACGAUGGCAUCUCCUGGCCGGAUCAAGACUCUACCACGGGACAUGCCGGGAGACGAAUUCAGGAACUUCCCAGCUCCAGCGGGUCUCAAUCACCUCCGGGAUCCAACGGCCUUGGUUCCAGGUUCGCCUGGAUAUCCUCCUCGCAUGGACAUGAUGGACAUGGACACGAUGAACAUGAUGGACACGGUUGACAUGGGGGUUGUGGAGUCCGUUCCUUUGUUUGUUUCCAUCCGUUAUUUCUUCGCCCCGAUGUCUGUGGGGACCGAGGGAAGCAUCACGGCAUCGGUAAGUGUGCUGUGUCUCGCGAUGCUGCACUUCUCAGUGGGUCAUCCGAUUCUCGAUGACUCUGUGAGCCUUCGGAGCAAACGAAGCGCAAUGGCAGCUGCAGAGGCAAACCCUCUCCCGAAUCCGUUGCACGCCGACCCACCGAGGGGAAGGACGAGGAGACACAAUUUCGGCAUUCAUAGGAACGGCGGUGAAUUGGCGGGGGAAAAACUGAGAAGGAAAUCUUGAGACGAGAGGCACACGCUUUAUAAUUCAUUUAUACUUUCGCUUCCCCCGUUAGGUACUUGCCGAUGUCGUUGUGGAAUAAAACCAUGUAUUCGACACAG